AGGGAAGGAAGCAAGAAUCGUCGGCAUCGUCGGUUCCAAACAUCAUCAGUCGCGCUAUCGGAGAACGAAGACGCUUUCGCGGCGCUCACUGACGUUUGUGCGUUCGUGCCGGGCAAAUCGCUGUCCGCAGCCAGCCGCGUACGCGAACACCGCGUGCAUGUUUGUGUUUACUGCGUACGGACGUUCUUUGCGUGAAGUGAAAGCAAGCAGUGUGUGUUUGUGGAAAAUAUGUACGAUUAAAAAAAAAAGUGUGUUAAAUUUGUUCCGCAGAAAACCCAGCUGUUUGUGUCAUUCUUCAGGCGAGUGUGAAAAGAAGGCAUAUUUUUGGUAGCAAACUUUGUCCUUUCCAUCUGCGUACGAAUUGUGCUCGAGGCGUGCGUGCUCGUGCUGUAGAAGAAUGCCAAACCGUGCGUGCGUUACAGGUGUUGCCCGGUGUGUUACAGGUGGUGAUUGAUGAAGUUUGCUGUGAGCUGUGAUCAAAGCAGAAUCAUUUGCAAAAGUAAACAGUACCCACGACGAUGAUGCUGGUGUCAGCUAGCGCAGGAUGGAAGAUAACUUAGUUGAGUUCCAAAAAUCCAUCAAACACCAUCGGAAGCGUGACGGUCGCCCUCCGUCCCAGCGUAUCGUUCGACGACGCAAGCGGCACGAAGCUUCAUAAAGCACGAACAACGUCUAACAAGUUUGUGGGGGGGUGUAGAAUGUAGAAGGAAAGCCUAGAAGCCUUUCACCCCGCAACCUUUCCAUUGGGGCUUACGGGAUUGAAAACUUCUACAGCACGCGAUUUCCUGGUGGAUGGAUGGUGCUGAAAUCGAUAUGCAGGCCGAGGUCGCGUGCGGAUGCAUACCUAAAGGACGAUAAAUGGUACUGUCACCAAGGUGGUGUGAAAUUAGCGACAAAUUAGGUGUCCAUAAAUUGCCCGUAAGCUACUGCGAGAGCGGAAGGAUUUCAGUCUGACAGUGGUACAGAAAAGUGGUGUGAAUUUAACAAGUGCUUAACAGUUGGGCAGUGAAGCGCCGCUCGGGAAGGAAGUGAUUUUUCCUCAAAGUGGUGCGCGUAAAUUAUCGUUCGUGGUGUGAGCGCGUAAAAAGUGAGCAAAUUUUUGAGAUUUUAUGCAUAACCGUUCUACACAUGAAGCGUGUGAUUUUGUGUGCUUGUGUAAUUUAUUAAUGUGUAAAUGCGUGUUUAUGGUUACAGCACACUAAAUCGCUAAACGUUUUUUGUACAAUAAUUAAAUCUGUUCUGCGUGGCGGGGAAAGGUUGCAGCCGCAGGUGUGCUGAGAAGCCUGCUAACGCUUCCGUGCUUGCCGCUUCGUUCCUGCUUCGAUCCGUACAACAGACACAACACGCAACCGCACCCGCUGUGGCAUUCGUUCCUUCGGAGAUGAUACCCGGCAGUACGGAAGUGCUCGCGGAACCAUGCUGCCAAUUCUUACCUGGGCCUACCUGCGUCAUAUUGCCGUCCAGUACCAUGCGGAAGCACAGGAUCCGUACGGCAGCGUGCAGCUUGUAUCAGCAAACCCGCCCCUCGGCACGGAACACGCCGGCCACGCCGGGUACGAUUGCGCUCCCCUGCCACUGUUUGCGCUUCCGCGCGACAUCGACUCGAGCGACUCGGGCAGCAGCCACUUAGAGCGUGCGGUAGAGCUGACCUUCAGCCCGGCCGGUUGUCGCCUGCCGCCACGGUGGGCCAUCCGCAACGACACGUUCCGACCGUUCCAGCAGUCGGCCAAGCUUGCCGGUGGCGGUGGGAUGAACAUGCGUUUCCGCGACCAGACGGACACGUACACGGGCAGCUCGGGCAGCAGCACGCAGAUUGCAGCCUUCCCGCUGGUCCACAGCUCAGCGGUCGUCCCAGAGUCGGUGGAUGCAGCGCACAGCAGUAGUGUAGGGGGUGGACUUGGCUCGGUUGGCUCAUUCGUUGCCGUCAACGAUGUCAUUGGCAUGAACAUUACGCCGGCAUUAUCACAGGUUCUUUUAGCGCCUCCCGCCACCAGUGCCGGCUCCGGUGCGUCCAUCAUUGCCGCGGUGAACGGUGCCGCGGCCGAUGACAACGGAACGCGCGGCGAGGAAAUAAAUUCCUUUUACUUUUAUGAGACUGAACAGUUCGCGUUCCUGUGGGUGUUGUUUACCGUGAUCGUGCUGGGCAAUUCGGCCGUCCUGGUGACGCUGAUGCUGAACAGAACGCGCAAAUCGCGAAUGAAUUUCUUCAUUAAGCAGCUCGCAAUUGCUGAUCUCUGCGUAGGACUGCUGAACGUGCUGACGGACAUCAUCUGGCGCAUCACGGUGGUGUGGCGGGCGGGCAAUGCCGCCUGUAAAGCGAUCCGCUUCGUCCAGGUCUGCGUUACGUACGCGUCCACGUACGUGCUGGUCGCGCUCAGCAUCGACCGGUACGAUGCCAUAACGCAUCCGAUGAACUUUUCCGGCUGCUGGAGUCGUGCACGGAAGCUGGUGGCCGCGGCGUGGAGUUUCAGCAUACUUUUCUCCCUGCCGAUAACGUACUUCUACGAGGAGCGGCUAAUACAGGGCAAAAUGCAGUGCUGGAUCGAUCUGGUCGAGGCGUGGCGAUGGCAGCUCUACAUGUGCUGGGUGUCGGGUUCGCUGUUCGUCGUACCGGCGCUGAUCAUUUCCGCCUGCUACGCCGUCAUCGUGCGCACGAUCUGGGCAAAGGGUACCAUCCUCGGUCCAAUCGACCGCACGCACAACGGUAUGGCAGAUCUGGCGACGAGGCGGGCCAGCUCGCGCGGCAUCAUACCCCGCGCCAAGGUGAAGACGGUCAAGAUGACGAUCGUGAUCGUGAUCGUGUUCGUGCUCUGCUGGUCACCGUACAUCAUCUUCGAUCUGCUGCAGGUGUUUGGGCAGAUACCGGCCACGCAAACGAACGUCGCGAUCGCCACCUUCAUCCAAAGCCUGGCCCCGCUCAACUCGGCCGCCAACCCGCUCAUCUACUGUCUCUUCUCCACGCAGGUGUGCCGUAUGAUCAAGCGGCUGCCACCGUUCCGCUGGCUGUGGUCGACCAAGUGGUGCUGCAAACCGCACGAUUCCGGCACACUCCCGCUCGGCAAUGGGACGACGGUGAACGGGACGGCACACGGCCGGUUCCACAACCACAACAGCAGUGACUCGAUGCGAACGCUCACCACAUCGCUGACCGUGUCCCGCCGGUCCUGUCUGCGGCCGGCCCGGGUCGUCAUUGUGGAGCGCCCGAAAACCGAACUCGCCAUGUCGGAGGUGUAGAAGGAAAGGGUGCGCAAAAAGUACUUACUGCAACGAGCUGGCCAGCCAACAACAGGCUACAGGAAGUGCAGGAAUGCAUCCUGCUCAAAAGGAAGGGGAUAGAUGUUGGGGAAGGGAUCGCGAAUAGAAAUAAAACAUGAAGAAUGGAUGUAAGAGAAAUCACGGAACAAAUGCACACGCACCGAGUAGUUGCUGUAAUGUUGCAAAACUAAAACAAAAGCACUAAUUUCCUCCGUCAAGAAUCAUUUCCGUUUCAACUUCCUUUCCGGUUAAGCGUUCGCAUUGGCAUAAGCGUGUCGCUUUUGUGCUGUUAACAAUCUUAAUCUCUCAGUUCAUUUACUCCCCCCCCUAGCAAAGCGCGUGUGAUGAAUACGCUUCUUGGCAGUGGCAGUCACUCCGCCGAUCCCACCGAAGCGAAAAAGGCUGAAGAACGCUAAACCUAAGCCAUUUAUAGCAAGAGUGACAGAAAAAAGGAAUCGAAACGUUUGUUUUAAUCUCAGCACGCUGCUUUAAAACGGGAGCAAGCAACAGCAAAACUGACACACGAAUUGCAUAGCUUUAGGCGUUCGACGCAAUGAGCAUUGCAUACAUUUAGGCUGGGAAGAUCCAUCGAACCCAAAACAGGCGUCUCGACUUCAUUAGUGACUUAUUUGCCUGGGAAACAGAGCCAGUGCCGUUUGGACUGGCCAGUACGGCACAAUGAUGGCUGGUGGCACCAUGUGCUAAGUGGUUUCUUAAGUACGCGACCCAUCUCAUUCGCCGGCAAAGUCCGGAAAGCCGAGACAAAUGAAACGAUUAGACACAACAGUCAUGCUAGCUGGCCCAAAAAGGACCGGCGGAGUUGUGCGGUUGUCCUUUUUGGCAAGAUACCCUGCGCGAGCAAUCCGUCUCAGCAUGAGGUAGGCUCUGUUUGAAAGACAAAACCACCGGGGGCAAAAAAACGAGAAAGAUUUAUGGUACGCCUAUUAUCGUAAAAGUACGUCCGUGUGCGUGCGUGUGUGUGUGUCUGUGUGUUUGUUUUUGUGGGUGAAUGAAUGUUAUGUAAAUGUUGUCUCCAAACCCUUCCACCCAAAAUCCAUCUUCCCUUACGUAUCCUUCCGUUUAGUGUGUGUUUCCGGUGAUUAGAGGAGCGGAAGGCGAAGGAAGCGAACCAAACAAGCAAGCAAGAUGCGAUAUGAAAUCUCUUGCCAAGACAGAUAAACUAAGGACGAUAGCAGACGAAGGCCCAGGCAUGAAUAAAACGAUGGCAAAAGGUCGCGUGGGCGUACUGGGCUUUGUUGGCUCGUCGUCAAUCGGAAAAAGUGAAAUUGUAGGCUGGAAAAAUAGCACAACGUCCCGUCAAAACAAAGCAGCGGCCAGCGUAAAUCGAGAAUGUGGAAUGGUGCGCAUGGUUUAGGGUCGCGUUGCAUGUACAAAGAGGUUUCAACUAUCGUUGCACACAAGAAAAGCUAAACAAAAAUCAUCCAAAGCCACAUACAGAAGUACCACAGCACAGCAAGUACUCCAAUUCCCAAAAGCCGGUCGUCCACCCAGGAAGGCCGUUUUUUGGAGUUGAGCAAAACAAAUCUAUGUAUAUUGAGGCAAGUAAAAAUGUAAAACCAAAACCACGAUUUGCAAAUAUUUACGAGAAAUGGCCCCACAAGUCAGAAGCCCGGAGAAAAGCCCAGCCCCAUGCAUGUAUGAAUCGUUUUUCAUGACCCCGCGCGGCAGCUGGUAGCUGCGGCAGAUCAUAUGCUCUUCGGAGCACUUCGGGGUUUUCGAGGCAGAACGGAAAUGUAGAUGUGUCGACCGUAGGAUAGGGUUUUUGGGGUGGGCUGACGAUGGCAGCAUUCUGUGUGAGCACCGAACUCUCGCCCCCGAUGAAUCGCGGAUAUCAAUCAGGGCGGUGGAGCGAACGAGUUCAUCGAACUACGGUUGCGGUAGCAUCGGAAAUAAAACCCUCCCAGAAAAGGAUAGGGUCAAAUAUCUUAUCCUCGAGAGAGACGCCGGGCAAAUGGGUGGGAAUGAUGGGUAUUUGCAUUUAGAUAAUGCGAAGAAGGGAAAUCCCAAGAGUAAUGUUUGCGAUGCGUUGAAAGAAAGUAUAAAUAGAUGAGCAGGAUUUAGGACGCGUGGGAAGGAAAGCACAAUCCCUGCCCGUAUCGGAUGUUGAUGCUUCGCGCAGAAGGAGUAACCCUGUCGAACCCCGGAUUAGCAUGUAAGCCAGUGAUGUAGUGGUAACUAUUAUUUCCUUUAAUAAAUGUACCGAGAAGCUUGCCCGUUUA